GCCGUAGUAGCUAGCAAGCCGAAGGCUGGAGCUGCCUGCCUGAAUUCUCUCGUUUCUCUGCUUCUUCCUCCUCUCCCGCCCAGAACCAGAACCAGGAAGCAUCGCGAGCCACCGGCGAGCCCUCGUCGCCGCCAGGACGUGCACCGACGACCGGGUCUCUGCCGGCCGCUGGCCUUUCUACAGGUCUUCGCCGUCCGCUGGGGCUAAGCAAGCUAGCUUGCGAGGGAGCAUAUAUGGUCCUCCGCGUUUCAUGACCUUCAUGAGGUGUUCCGCGGCCGUCUCCGACGGCAUUGCGCUGCGCUUCCCCGCCGAGGGCAGGGCCCUCCGCGGAGGCGUCUGCGCGCGCGGGCGCGGGCUGCUCGCUCUGGGUUCCCACAGGAGCAGCAGUAGGAGGGCGAGGCGCAGGCACGUGGCGGUCUUCGCGAGGCGGCGGCUCGGCAAGUGGCAGCGGCCGUGGUGGAGGACCUUCUUCGCGGACUGGAACGACGACGAGGAGAGCCUGGCCGGGUUCAGGGAGGACGACGAGCUGCUGGAGGAGAUUGGGGCCGACCAGGAGCUGUCGGAGAAGGCCAAGUUCGAGGAGUGGAGGCGGAAGGCCGAGGCCAUUGUUGAGCUGCGCGAGGCCCAGCAGGACGCGUUCAACGCCGAGGAGCGGUCGUGGGAGGACUGGACCGGCGGUGGCGGCGGUGGUGGCGCGCCGGAGAAUGGUGGAGGUGGGGACUGGGGCGGGGAGGCCAGCUUGUCGGAGCAGAUAACCGAUGAUCCUGCGGAGAUCGUCUGGGAUAAGGGCGUCGUUGAGGUUUUCAGAGGUACUAUCGAUGAGGAUUACGAGGAUAUGCUGUUCGAAGAUCGAGUUUUUAUGUAUGCCUCCACGAACUCGGCCAAAUUCCUAGCAUUGCUGAUCGUGGUUCCGUGGGUGAUAGAUUUUCUAGUGCACGACUAUGCCAUGAUGCCCUUUUUAGAGAGGUAUGUCCAGAAGGUGCCGCUUGCAGCUGAGUUACUUGAUGUGAGGCGCAGCCAGAAGCUGCAGAUGGUUAAGGACCUGAACAUCGAGAAGGCAAGAUACCGUCUUGAAGUAGAGAUCGGCAAAUCUCCCCCGCUCUCUGAUGAGGAGGUCUGGUUUGAGCUGCGGGAAAAAGCGCUUGAGUUGAGGGACGAUUGGAGGCUAGAAAACCGACAAGCUUUUGCAAAUGUAUGGUCCGAUAUGGUUUAUGGGGUUGUUCUAUUCCUGCUUAUCUGCUUCAACCAGAGCAAAGUUGCGAUGCUCAAGUUCACAGGAUAUAAGUUGCUAAAUAACAUCUCAGACACUGGAAAGGCCUUCCUUAUUAUUCUAGUAUCAGACAUCCUUCUAGGGUACCAUUCAGAGUCAGGUUGGCAUACAAUGGUAGAAGUUAUUCUCGAGCAUUACGGGCUUGAAUCCGAUGAAGCGGCGGUCACAUUUUUUGUUUGUCUGGUUCCAGUUGCUUUGGAUGUGUACAUAAAGUUUUGGGUAUACAAAUACCUUCCAAGAUUAUCACCCAGUGUGGGCAACGUUCUGGAUGAAAUAAAGCGCCACUAAGGAAUCAUUUGGAUAAAUUAUUGCCUUGGAGGUAUUCGAUGGGUAUAUUUGCUUGGCAUAUUAAGUUUUCAUCAAAUCUGAAGGGCGUCCUUCGUCUGGAAAGGCCUUGCCUAGAAUGCCUGCCUGGCCACGCCAUCAAUCAGAGUGUCCGGCUGUUCGGGAGGACUGGGAAUUGGAGAAGUAAUCUGAGCUAGUCCUUAUGUAUAUUCUAAAACAAUAUCUUGUGGAUAGAUAACCAUAGAGGAAACUUGAGGCUUUUGGUCUGAGAUUUAUCAUUGGCGGCAAAGCAUUUUUGCCUUAGAAAUUCUUUUGCAUGAUGGAGGCCACAGGUUGGUUGGAAUCUGUAAGGUUAUUGUUUCAGGAUGAUGUCCAGAGCUGCAACCUUCGUUGGUGCUCCUAUUUUAGAACCGAAACGUAUCGACAUCUUGAUGUCCAGAGUUUGCAGGGUUCAGAAACCGAAAUAUGAUAUGCAAGUUUUAAACUUCGUUACUAAGUCGUAAAGUUCAAUUGUAAACUGUUUCGGUUCGAACCUUUAUCUUUCGAUAAAGCAAGUUUCUUUUUGAUUAA